CUGUUAGCAGAGGGCCCCGAACGAGUCGCUUUGCUCCGUCAGUUGAACGAUCCUUUCGCCUGAAAACCCCACACGGACGUUAAACCCCCGACCCAGAGCGGUGGCGAUUCCUCGGCGAAACAUUAUCGACUAGAGCGGGAGCGGUUCGGAGAGGAAGAAUGGCGGAUUCGUGCCCACGCAGCACUGCAACAGUCGGGGCCGCGGGCUCCAGCGGCGCUGCCGCCGCAGCCACGGCCGCCGCCGCUGCUGCCGCCGCCGCCCCAGCGGGCUCGGUGGCGCAGGGCGGAGCGCCAGCACCUGCGGGACCCAAGGCCCCGUCCGAGUCCGUGAAGGGGCAGAUUUUUGACGUGGGCCCCCGCUACACGAACCUGUCCUACAUCGGGGAGGGGGCGUACGGAAUGGUCUGCUCUGCCAUGGAUAACGUUUCAAGCCAGCGCGUAGCCAUCAAGAAAAUCAGUCCAUUUGAGCACCAGACGUAUUGCCAGCGCACGCUGAGGGAAAUCAAGAUCCUGCUGCGCUUCCACCAUGAGAACAUCAUCGGCAUCAACGACAUUCUCCGGGCACGGCACAUUGACAACAUGAGGGAUGUCUACAUCGUGCAGACCCUGAUGGAGACGGACCUGUACAAGCUGCUGAAGACCCAGAGGCUGAGCAACGACCACGUCUGCUAUUUCCUCUACCAGAUCCUGCGAGGCCUCAAGUACAUCCACUCCGCCAACGUGUUGCACCGUGACCUCAAGCCCUCCAACCUGCUCAUCAACACCACCUGCGACCUCAAGAUCUGUGACUUCGGCCUGGCGCGGAUAGCCGACCCCGAGCACGACCACACAGGCUUCCUGACCGAGUACGUGGCCACGCGUUGGUACAGGGCUCCGGAAAUCAUGCUCAACUCAAAGGGCUACUCCAAGUCCAUUGACAUCUGGUCAGUGGGCUGCAUCCUGGCUGAGAUGUUGUCCAACAGGCCCAUCUUCCCUGGUAAACACUACUUGGACCAGCUCAACCACAUCCUGGGCGUCCUUGGCUCUCCAUCUCAAGACGACCUGAACUGCAUCAUCAACAUGAAGGCCAGGAACUACCUGCAGUCCCUGCCUCAUAAACCCAGAAUCCCCUGGGAGACGCUCUACAAGGCGGACACAAAAUCUCUGGACCUGCUGGGUCGCAUGUUGACCUUUAACCCCGUGAAGCGCAUCAGCGUUGAGGAGGCACUGGCUCAUCCUUACCUGGAGCAGUACUACGAUCCCUCCGACGAGCCGGUAGCAGAGGAGCCCUUCACUUUCUCCAUGGAACUGGACGACCUUCCCAAAGAGAAGCUGAAGGAGCUGAUCUACGAGGAAACCGCUCGUUUCCAGGCAACCUACCAGGGCUCCUGAGACACACGGCCUUAAAGAGGGACAAAGCCACUCGGAGGCUUUGAACGAGAAGACCCCAAACGAAAAAACGCAUCCUCAAGAAACCAACAAAAAGAGAAAACAAACGAACAUUUAACUGCUUAUCUUUCCAUUUCUGCUGCAAGAGAGCUAAGUUUAACUCAGAUUACUGUGGUUGGGUGGGGCGGUGGGGUCCGUCGUACUCGCACUGUUUCAGUUGUCCAUGUUGGACUCGCCCUCCUCUCACCUCACAUUGGUUUUCCUGUUAAAAGUUUCCAUCUCCAGCAGCUCUCUGUCCCCCUCCUGUGCUCAUCAGACCUUCUCUCCCCUGCAGCCGAUCAGUCUGAGCGCUCUCGUAUAAACUACUGUAUUAACCUGCACCAUAACUCCCUUGUCCUGCUCCAUGUGACUUAUGACCUGGAAAAAAACCGAGGGCUAAGAGAACGUGGAUUCUAAUCGGGUGUAUGUGUAUAUAUAUAUACAUACAUACAUACAUAUCUCAUAUAUAUAUUAAGCUUUUUUUCCCCUCUUUUUUUUCUUGAAAGUGUGCUCGUCAGCGUUUUUGUUUGUACACUGUUGUUCGAGUGAUUCCAGAUCAGUUCAGAGUCGUAUCUGUAUGUUUUUGGGGUUUAUAUUUGCAAGUCUUUUUUUUUCUUUUUUUUUGAGCGCUUUAUUUUGAGACAAAUAUUCAAUGUUUUACUGGCAUGUUGGCAGGUUUACAGAUUCUUUUUUUUGUUUUCCUCUAAAAACAAACUGUAUGAUCAAAUGAAUGCAUGCAUUCCUGAAAUCAACCAAAGUGGUAAAGAAAGGCAGAAAACCAAGGAAUAUUUAUCUGUCGAUUUCUUGAACUUUAACGCGUACCAAGGGCAGACUAACCUUCAUUUUGUAGUUAAGUUACAAAUCUUCAAGUUGGUUAUAUUCAGGAGGAUCGAAUUAGCGUAGAAAGUAAAACCCAUUGCAUAGUUUCCGGAGCGUGCUUUUUGUCUUUCACUGGGGACGCAAAACAGCAAGAACUGCCAGAGGGCUGAUGUGGGACAGUGGUUUCACGUCGCUGCGUGGUCCACAUCUGGCCCCACGACGUCCGGCCGCUGAUCCAGUGUCAGCGCCGCGCUCCUGUGCUAAAAUCACACCGAGAGGGGAACCGCUCACAGCCCCUCUUGGUCCUUUUUAAUUACAGAGCCGAGAAACGCGUUCCACAUCGUUCUGGGAAGCUUCUUAGAUGCGGUGUAGCGGAGCGCACUUUCCAAAACGAGCAUUUUUUCCGAUCAUGAUCUCUGUGUUUUGAAGUGUUUGAAUGUAAGCCGCCGGAUUUCCUGCAGUCCGUCACUGCAGCUUAGUGUUUUUUACAAGAGCCUCUUCUACGACGAAGAAAAACUGUGUGCCGCUAAAACACCUGGGCCAUUUAAACAACUCGCAUCUUUCAGACUGUUGUAUUUCAGAAUAAGUUGUUUCCCAGUUGUCACUUUGACUCGGACAUUGAUGUCAGCGCCAUUUUAAAAAAAACAGGAGAGUCGAGUCCAGGAAUGUGUGAGUGCUGUAAAGUUGUUCCUGGCCGGCCGGCGCACAGCGUCCAUCGCCACGUCUACCCGCUCUUCUUUGGCUGCAUCGCCCCUCCUCUCCUCCGCCUGUGUGUUUUUGUUUUUUUUGCUACCUGUUAACAUGCUGGAUGUCUAUUCUUCAGUGUGGGUGAUUUUUAAUGUGCAUGUGUGAUAUCUCUGUGUCCAUACGUUCAGUCGCUGCUCCCUCCUCUCUCUCUGUUCUGGAUGUGACCGCGCUAACGGGGUCCAGCUCAGUCUGCCCUCAUUUCAGCUUGUUGCACUGGGACCAGUAGAGAACCCUCACCCGCUCCCCUUUAAUGGACCUACACAUGCGCUGGAGGCUCUCUCUGGAGGCCUCGGUGCUGAUAGACGGAUCGAUCUGGAGCAGAAACCCUUCGUUUGUUCUGACGGGGCUGUUUUUUGUCAGAAGCCAUAGCCGGCACUCUGGGAUCCGUGUGAGGCUUCUUUUCUCUUCUCUUCUUCUUUUUGGUGCAUGUGGUGAUGCGUGUACUUUUGGUUCAACCUCUCGACUCUUGCCACGCUUUACUCAAAGGGCUGCCCCCCCCCCCCUCUCCUCCUACUCUCGCUUCUGUCUGCUUCUCCACGGUGGGACCUUCUAAUCCAUGUCACUGACUUUGCGCCCACUUUUUCUGCUCCCCUCAUUGCCCCCCGACUCCCAGAUGGUCACACACGCAGGAAACUCGCAUAACUCAAUCAGCACGUCUGCACUUUGUCUUUCCAGCCACGCUGUCGCCCCUAUGAGGUUGUUUUUGGUCUCGUAUCUUCAGCUUUAAGUUUUGCCCGGCGUGUGUGCUUGUGUUAAAGCUCAUGGAUUGUCUGCAGUUAAUGUAUGUACAAGUGUUUGUGUAUCUGCUCAUCAGUAAAAUGAAGCCAAGACUUUAUUCUUUUGUUGUUGUAUAUCUGCAUGUGUGUGUGUGUGUGUGCGUGCGUGUGAUCCUCUCCCUGCAGUCAUUUGUGCAUUUACAUCUGAGAUUUUUCUUUUUGACAGGCACAAAAACGUCGCACAGAUAUCUUGUUUGUGUUUCGUACCUGUGUUUUAGUCACCAGUCAACCGGUUCCAGCUUGCUUUUUUCUUUUUCUCCCUCCAACCGAACCUGCCAUCAGACCAAACAUCUCUCUGGGUAACCAUGGGAACAAACCAAGAGGACCACAUUUUGCAAUCCUCCUGGCGCGCGCGCGCGCGCGCGCACACACACACACACACACACACACACACACACACACACACACACACACACUUCCUCUCUCUUUCUGAGGAGUGUAUCGUGUGUUUGUGAGAAGUUGCACUUAAACACACCAAACAUUCACAAAGUAUCAACGAGUCUAAAGGCCUGACGUCAUACGGCCUCUUUCCAGAUAUUGUUGUUUUAAAUGGCUGUUCUUAUUAUUGCUAUUGUUGUUGGUGAGUUGUUGUGUUUUUCUUUGUUUCGUUUUCUUUUUUGUUUUUUUUACAUUAAAGGGAGUUGUAUCUUUGAUUAAUUAUUAGGAUAUUUUUAUUUGUAUUUUUUCUUCAUUUCUCUUAAGGCCGUGAUUAUUAUCGGAAGUGUUCAAUCUUUCUGAAACUUUUAUUUUCUUUGAUUUCCCUCCGAGAUCUUGUACGGAAUUAUUUUAAAAGAAGAUAAAUGUGGAUUGUCAGCGAUAUGAGUUAGUGAGGGUUAUAGUCUGUAUAUUCUAUGGGUAUUAUGAAUUAAACGAUUAACAAAGAAACAGAAUUAUAUACAUAUAAUUAAAUAAAAUUUCCUGAUACUGUUGCAA